AUGAAGUACUUGGAAUGGUUACAACAAAAUAAAGAAACAGAAAUAUACAAAAUACUUAAAUUAAAUAAAGAAGACUAUCCGUUUGAAUAUCUUUUUCAAGAAAGUGGAGAAAUAUUAAAUAAAGAAACAAGUAAACUAAUUUCAUUAAGAUCAUACUUAUUUUCUAUUCCUAUGUUUCAUUAUCUUCAACCUUAUUCAAACUUUAUAUCACUUAUUGACUUUGGAAAAUAUCUUUGUAAUGAAUUAAAUAAAGAAGUACCACCUGAAAAUUCUUCUCAGUCUAUAACUCAUCAACCAUUAAACACUUCUUUAAAACGUACUUCUUCAACACAUUCCUCUCUAAAAGUUUUUAUUCCUAUAAAAAAGACUGUAUCUUCUAAUUCUUUAGAACAUGAUCAAGACCUUCUUCCAAAUCAAGAAAUAUUGCCUUCAAAAAGCUAUGUAACAUCUGUUUCAGAACCAAUUCAAGUAAUUCCUAUUAAACCUAAAUUACCUGAAAUACAUCAUCCAAUUAUUAUGAGUUUAGUUGAUCAAUUACCAGUUAGGUUUAAAGAAACAUUACUUUCAUAUUAUACACUCUCAAAAGUACUUUACAUUAUUCAACCAAAACAAAAUUUUGAAACAGUCAAUAUACGUCAAAAUGCUUUUAUAAGAGUAAUUAACAAUUCUGGAAUUGAUGUAUCAGCAUAUGUAACAAUAGAUAAAACUGAUUAUUUGUUUGAACAAUAUAAUGAAAACACAAAAUAUAAAGUUAUUCCUUAUCCAAUUAAAAAUGGAAUAUAUAAAAUCAAGUCAAAUGAAACUAUUGUUAUUUUUACUUGUAAUCAAGAAAAUCCAUCUGUAAUAACAGAUAGAUUAAUUGAUGAAAUUAAUAAAGAACAUCGUUAUACUGAUAAACUUGUAGAUGAUAUUAUUAGUGAUGGUGAAAUGGAAUUAGAAGAUAGAGUUGUUAUUUCAUUAAAUUGUCCAUUCUCUAAAUGUAGAAUGAAUAAUCCAGUAAAAGGAAAACACUGUAGUCAUAAUUUCUAUAUGGAUGCAAUAAGUUUAAUUACUAGUUGGAAACAUAAACCUUGGAUUUGUUGUUUUUGUAAGCAAGUUUGUUAUUGGGAAGAUGUUGAAUUAAAUAUUAAACUUCAAGAAAUAAUUCAAAAAGCACCUCCAAGUGCUGAGUUUGUUGAAAUUAUUAAUGGGUGUGUUAAUUAUAAAGACAAAAAUAAAAAUGAGUUACUUUUAACAAAUGAUGUCAUAGAUGUUGAUAGUUAUCCUAGUGUUAUUGACGUUGAUGAUAUCGAUAAUACUGAAUGUACAUUUAAUAAUAAUGUUGAAAAUAAACAAAACUUAAGUGAUAAUACUCAAUCAGAAAGAAAAAGCAUUGACAAUGAUUGUACAAUUACUAAAAUUAAAUCAGUUAAUACAUUUUAUCAUUCUACUUCAACGGAAGAAAAUCUUUCUUUUCAGUAUGAUUGUGAGGGUGAUUAUGAUUAUACUUCUGACGAAACUAUAGAAAACAAUCCCGACAAGAUUAAUUUUUAA